AUGUUCCGCACAACUUUCAGCUUCGUCUCUCAAUCCAUCGUGCUGGUUCUGCUCCUUCUCUAUGGGGCGACGUGGAUGUGGGCGGGACUUCGCUCGCUCUGCCAAAUACCCUUUGUCUCCUCCUUCGUACGCUCCUGCGACACCAUCAACUCCAAUAUGACGGUCUGGGCUGCUCUUCCGCUGCUGCUCAGCGGGCAGACGGUUGGUAUGGAGCGGGUGCUCAACCAAAGCAGCGCGCACGCCGAGAUCGUCGACGAUCUUCUCGACAUACGCUUGGCGUCUGUCGAUUUGUCGAUUCUCGUACAGUCAAGCGACCUCGAAUACCGAUUCCAGUUAUCCAGUCAUAUCGACAAGGUCGCGGACGACGCGCUGGACCUCAAUCGCGGUCUGCAGCAUCUCUCAGCCAAGAUAGCCGCGGGAUUCGACAGGAUUCUAUACACGAACGAGCACCUAUACCAGUUGCUGCGUAACGUGCCCAUCCCUCCCGGUCGCAUGCCAGAUAUACCUAUCUGUCACUCGAACCCUUUCUCGGAAAAUCUGCAUGCUUGCCUGAUUCAAUCGCCCUACUCCGACAUUGCGGUUGCAUACGAACGUGCGUUGCAGACGUACGAGGCCGUCCUCCGCGAGCUCAUACAGUCUGCGGCGGCUUCCCUUUCCAAGGCCGCGCUCCUCGACGCGGACUUGAGGUCAACAAUGAGAGUAGUCGCAUGGGAGAGGUUCGGGGUCGAUCUGGCACGGAGGGAUCUGGGGUUGGGUUUGCUCUGGAGCCUUCUGGGAGGUCAUAGGCGGCGCCUGGCACACCUUUCACGGAACGAGAACAUCCUCAACCGCGUUGGAGAGUACAGUGCGAGAUCGCUGCGCUACGUCCGAACGAUCCAGGACACACUUGAAGGUAUGGAGAGGCAUCUGGAGGAACUGAGGCUCGUAGCAUCUGGAGCCAUGGUCGUGGAUGCGGCGCCUCCAGAGGUCAUUCUGCAGAUGCUUGCCCGAGGCUUCGAGCGCCUGGGGAGGGCGCGUUUUAUCGUCCACAUCACGGACCCUCACUUGCCCAGUCUUCCGCUUGAACGGGAUGAAGACGUUAUUCGUCCGGGCUGCUACGUACUCCGUUACCGACAUUUGCGCCUUCCCGCCAUGGCGGUCCAAGAUCCAGAUGUCGAGCACGCUGAGAAGAUCAUAGUGCCGUCGAACCAUGAUGUUCCCAACCCGUCUGAGGUGCACGCUGUUCGCCGCGCAGGGAGUCACCCGGUGUACUCCAACACCAACUGCUCCCAGGAUGAAAGCCCAGCUAUCGUGCACAAGCGUGUGCCUGCUACCUCAGCAUCGGCAACGGAACAGCUUACUAGUCCAGAUCAAGCGUGCACAUGGGAUAAUAUGCCUCAAGCACCGUUCCUGUCUGUGAAGGGCAAGAACACAGUAGCUGAAACUUCAGGCAGCAACGGCACGCUUCCGCGCAGCCAGCCGUCAGCCGUACCUGUGAGUCGGGAAGGCCCAGCGUCGCUCAGCUCUCUACUCCGAACUCUCAAUCUGUCCGAGUCCGUCGGAGUGUCGACCAGUCGACCAAUCACGAGUCAAACGUCGGGGAUACCUACCAUCAAUCUGGGCACAAUGGGGCGCGUCUUACCACGCAAAGCUGCUCAGCCACCAUUGUCCUUCACGCCAAUGCCGUCCGCGCCACUACCGCCCGCCAGAAAGACUGAGGGGACUGUAGAGAAACAAGUAGAGAAGCAAGUCGGAUUGUUCUCCCGCAUCACGAGAGGCCCACACAAGUUUGACCACUCCGUUAGGUCACGCGCAGAAAAGGUGGUCUGGUACGAGUCUCAAGGUACCCCGGGCAGGCUUACCGCUGUCCCAAUUGCCCCCACGAUCGCGGACAUCGGCGAGUUGUAUGUCCAUAAGACCGGCGGGAAGGUGCAGGUUUGGCUGCGAGACGCGUCGGCGACUUGGGUCUCAGUCGCUGAGCAGCAUCCGCAUCCCGUCAUGGAGGGCUAUGUCUUGCGCCUACUCGACGGUGAUCCGCGUUGGGUGAAGAAGGAGACGUACCGCACGUAUAUUGGCCGUCAGAAGAAACUCGACCUCCUGUGA